GCUAUAAAGCUGAAACCUGCCGCCGUUUUUUGAGGCCGGAACGGAGGAUUUUGGGGGUCUCCGCUCGGAGGCAGAGGCCAUCUGCUGCGGAGGUCCUGGUGGCCCACGAUGACGAUGGCGGCGGCGAGGAGGAGGAAGGCCACGGUGAUGGGCGCCUGGGCGCUGCGGCUCUGGGCGGCGGCGUUUUGGGGGGCUUUGCACCUCCCCGCCGCGCCCGCCGCGGCCCCGCGCCACCUCGGCCGAGACUUCAUCGCGGCCUUCAUGCAGAACGGCUUGCGGCAGACCCUCAGCAGCGACUUCAAGCUGCUCCUCACAGCCUACUCGCCCACGUCCAUCACCAUCUCCAUGAAGCAGCCCAGGCUGCACAUGACGGUGCAGGCGACGGCCGGGCAGACCGUCAUGGUGAAGAUCCCGCCGCAGGCGGAGAUGGUCGGCAGCAAGGCGUUCGACAACGCCGUGCUGGUGCAGGCCACCGACGACAUCUCGGUGCUCAUGGUCAGCGAGAAGCCCGCCUCGGGCGACUCCACCUUGGUGUACCCCGUGAGCAGCUUGGGCACCGAGUACUACGUGGUGACGCCCAACGUGGGCACCGACCGCUACGGCGAGUUCGUGGUGGCCGCCUGGGACGAGCCGACCGCCGUUGACGUGCACCUCAAAGCCCCCGUGACCUACGAAGGACACCCUUACCCCCGCGGCUCCGUCUUGUCCCUCCGCCUGGACGCCUUCCAAGCAGCCCAGCUCCAAAGCUCCUCCGACCUGUCCGGCACCAGGAUCGUGGCUCAGAAACCCGUGGCCGUUUUCACCGGUCACACCUGCUCGGCAAGGUUCACCCGGUGCAACCACCUGCUGGAGCAGCUCCAGCCCGUCUCCAGCUGGGGCAGCACGUUCGUCGUGCCCCCUUUGCCUUUCGAAGCGCGCUCCGACAUCGUCUACGUCUCCACCGCCCGGGCGGCUCGCGUGGAGUCCCAACACGGGGCCUCCUCCAGGACCGUUCGGGAGGUGCUGUCGGCCCGCUCGAUGCUCUACGGCCUUCAGGCUCCGAACAGCUUGAGCAUCUCGGCCAACGCUGGCCUCCAAGUCAUGUUCUUCUCCGACGGAAGCCACGGGGAGGCUCUGCCUUACGGACCGUUCUUCAUGACCAUCCCGGACGUCUCCAGCUACUGCCGCUCCUACGUCGUCUUCUCCCGGGACGGCUACGAGAACUACGCCGUGUUGAUCGCCAAGACGGCGGCCACCAGCUCCAUCAAGCUCAACAGGAACCCGCUGAGGACGGCGGCGUGGAAGGAGGUGCCGGGGACGGACUACUCGUGGGCCGGGCACCGCCUGGGCGGGCGCUUCAAAGCUCACGCGGUGGAGAGCGAGACGUCGCCCUUCGGGCUGCUCAGCGUGGGGCUGGGCAAGGAGAAGGCCUACGGCUCGGCGGCCAUCUGCAACAGCGAUCCGUGCCGGGGAGCGCGAUGCCGAGCCAAGGAAACGUGCCGGGUGAAGGACGGGCAAGCCGCCUGCCUGCCCGACUACCUGGGGACCUGCCUGAGGACGCCGGACCCGCAGUACCGCACCUUCGACGGCGCGACCGUCGCCUUCCCGGCCGGCUGCGCCUACACCGUGGCCAAGUCCUGCGGCGGCGAUCGCGCCCUGGAGCCCUUCGCCGUCGACGAGAGGGAGGAAGAGGAGGAGGAGGAGGAGGAGGGCGGCAGCUCCCGGGGGUGGCUGGCCGGCGUCCGCGUCUACGGCUACAACAUCUCGGUGCGCGCGGGAGGCGGCGGCGAGGUCCAGGUCAACCAGCAGCUCACCAGCCUUCCCGCCAGCCUGGAAGCCGGGAAGAUCGAAAUCUCCCGAAACGAGGGCCGAACCAUCCUGCGGACGGACUUCGGGCUGCAGGUGACCUACGACGAGGACCUGGCCCUCAUGGUGGCCGUGCCCAGCAGCUACUUCGGGGCCACCUGCGGCCUCUGCGGCAACUUCAACGAGGACCCGGAUGACGAGAUGACGCUUCCCAACGGCACCCGGGCUUCCAGCGUGGAAGAGUGGUUGGACGGUUGGCGAGAUCCCACCUGCUGGGACCACUGCGGCGGGCGAUGUCCCAAAUGCGACCGGGAGCGGUGGCGGGCGGCGGGCGACGCCUCUCGCUGCGGCGUGAUGGACGCGGCCUCCGAGGGGCCCUUCGCGGCGUGUCGCGCCCGCGUGAGCCCCGAGGACUACGUCGCCCGUUGCGUCUUGGAGGUCUGCAGCUCCGCGGGAGACCCGCGGACCUUGUGCCGGGCCCUGGAGACCUACGCGACCGCCUGCGAGGAGCACGGCGUCGCCGUCGCCGGCUGGAAGGAGGAGACGGGUUGCGCUCUGAGCUGCCCGGAGAACGACCGGUGCGACCCGAGCUUCGUCCCGGAGAGCGACGCGACCGUCCCGACCGAGAAGCGCGGCUGCGUCCACGGCGGACGUACCUACGGGGCCGGGCAGGAGUUUUGGGAAGACGGGAGCUGCCGUACCCGUUGCAGAUGCGACGGCGGCCGGGGCGAGGCUCUCUGCCGGGAGGCCUCCUGCAAGGUCCAUCAGACGUGCGCCGAGGUGGACGGCGUCUACCGCUGCGUGGCCAACAAGUACUCCACCUGCGUGGGGACGGGCGACCCUCACUACACCACCUUCGACGGGCUGAGGUUCGACUUCCAGGGCACCUGCGUCUACCAGUUGGCCGCCGUCUGCGCCGACGACCCGGCGCUGGUCCCCUUCCGCGUCACCGUGGAGAACAACAACCGGGGCAGCAGAGCCGUGUCCUUCACCAAGACGGUGACCCUCGAGGUCUACGGCAACGUCGUCACCAUGAGCCAGGAGCACCCGCGCAAGGUCAAGGUCAACGGCGUCUUCGUGGAGCUGCCGUUCUCCCACGAGGACCUCUUCACCGUCUACGCCAGCGGCGUCCACGGCUUCGUGCGCACCCGCUUCGACGUGCGGGUGAGCUUCGACUGGUACAGCUACGCCCGGGUCAUCGUGCCCCAAGCCUACGCCGGCGCCGUCUGCGGGCUCUGCGGCGACGCCAACGGCGACCCCGACGACGACUUCGUGGCGCCGGACGGGCGCCGGUUGACCGACCCCGUCCAGUUCGCCGACAGCUGGAAGGUGGCCGACGUGCCCGGUUGCUCGGCCGGUUGCGUGGGCGACUGUCCUCUCUGCAACGAAGAGCAGAAGAAACCCUACCGGGGCGACGGCUACUGCGGGGUGAUGGCCGGGGCCGGCGGGCCCUUCGCCGCCUGCCACGCGGCCCUCGACCCCGCGCCCUUCGUCGAGGACUGCGCCUUCGACGUCUGCCAGUACAGAGGCCACCGGGACACCUUGUGCAGCGCCGUCGCCGCCUACGUCACGGCUUGCCAGAUCCAGGGCGUCCCGCUCCGGGCUUGGAGGACGCCCGAUUUUUGCGGCCCCGUGUGCCCCCGUAAUUCGCACUACGAGCUCUGCGGGACCGGCUGCCCAGCCACGUGCCGGCGGCCGGCGGCCGCGGCCGAUUGCGACGCGCCCUGCGCCGAAGGCUGCUUCUGCGACGCCGGCUUCGUGCUGAGCGGGGACGAGUGCGUGGCGGCGGCCGAGUGCGGCUGCGAGCACCGGGGCCGCUACUACAAGCUGGGCGAGGACUUCUACGCCGACGGGUCGUGCCGGGAGAGGUGCACCUGCCAGCCCCGCGGGGCGGUGGCGUGCCGGGAGACCUCCUGCGGGCCCCACGAGGAGUGCCGGGUGGAGCGCGGCGUGCUGGGGUGCCACGCGGUGGGCUACGGCAGGUUGGUGGUGGCCGGCGACCCUCACCACGUGACCUUCGACGGACGCUCCUUCCACCUCCGGGGCUCCUGCACCUACGUCUUGGCUCGGCUCUGCAAGCCGGACCCUCGGUUGGCCAACUUCUCGGUGCUGCUGGAGAACCACAGCCCCGGGCGGGCCAACGUGGUCCUCGUGAAGAAAGUGGUCGUCUCCGUCCACGGCUACACCGUCACCAUGGAGCGGGGGCGGACGUGGGAGGUGACGGUGAACGGCGAGCGCUACACGCUGCCGCUGGCCACGGCGGACGACAAGCUGCGGAUCAGCCAGGAGGGGACCAACGUGGUCCUCGACGCCGCCUCGGGUCUCCAGCUCCUCUACAACACGGCCUCCUACCUCCUGGUCACCGUUCCCAGCAGCUACCAGGGCCGCGUGUGCGGCUUAGGAGGCAACUACAACGGCAAGAAAGAAGACGACUUCCAGCUGCCCGACGGGACCGCGGCGCGGAGCGUGGAGGAGUUCGUGGCCUCCUGGAAGGUCCCCGCGGAGGACGGAGCGUGCUCGGACGGCUGCGGCGCCGACUGCCCGGCUUGCGACUCCGCCGAGACGGUUCCUUACCGCUCCGGAGACUCCUGCGGGCUCAUCCAAGAUCCGGCAGGACCUUUCGGGAAGUGUCACCCUCGAGUGAGCCCCGUCGAGUAUUUCCACCACUGCCUCUACGACGUGUGCGCGGCGAACGGCGCCCGGGACACCCUCUGCCAGAGCCUCCAAGCUUACGCGGCCGCCUGCCAAGCCGCCGGGGCCGAGAUAGCCGCCUGGAGAACGGCCACCUUCUGCCCCCUCUCCUGCCCGCCCCACAGCCACUACGCGCUGUGCACCCGCUCGUGCGACUCCACCUGCGCCAGCCUCUCCGUCGCGGCCCCGUGCGGCCGGAGGUGCUUCGAGGGCUGCCAGUGCGACGACGGCUACCUCUUCGACGGGGCGGCCUGCGUCUCCGUAGAGCGCUGCGGCUGCGUGCACCAGGGGCGGUACCUCAAGGCCGCCGAGACCGUCGUCUCCGACAACUGCACGGCCCGCUGCGCCUGCCACCCGUCCCGGGGCCUGAGGUGCGAGGAGACCCGUUGCGGGCCGGACGAGGAGUGCGCCGCGACGGGCGGGAGGCGGCGGUGCGUCGGGCGACGGGGCACCUGCCGCGUGUCGCCCGGGGCCGCCAUGACCACCUUCGACGGCGCCGUGGGGCGGCUGCCGGGCGGCGGCGCCUACAAGGUGACGGCGCUGUGCGACGAGAGCUCGCCCGCCUGGUUCAAGGUGGUGCUGGAGGUGGGGAGCUGCCGGGGGGACGGCGUCCUCGCCGGCGCCGCCCUCUUCGUCUUCUUCCGCGACGCCCUCGUCGCCCUCAACGCGGACAUGGAGGCCUGGGUGAACGGCAUUUUCACGCGCCCGCCGGCCGCCGUGUCCGACGCCGCCUCGCUGAGCGUCGAGGGCGACAACGUCACCGUCUCCCACUCCUCGGGCCUCCGGGUGGUCUUCAGCCCCGAGGGCGAGGUGACGGUGACCGCGGGCGCCGCGUUGGCCGGCCGGCUCUGCGCUCCCUGCGGCGACUUCGACGGCGACGCCGGCAACGACGUGACGCUGCCCGACGGCCGGGCCGCCCGCGACCUCGCCGACGUGGUGGACGCCUGGAGAGCCAAGGACUUCGCCGGAUGCCGCGUCUCGGACCGCAGGCGGACCGAAGUCGAAGCCCCCGUCUACCCGGCGCAGUAGGUGCAACCCUCUCGUUGCAGCCAGAGGCGUCUACAGGCGGACGUAGCACCACCACCACCCACCACCACCCCCAAAAAAAACCCAAAACACCCCAAAACGGCU